CCGAGCUGUUGCGAGGGGCGAUCGAAGCGGGGCCGCGCGCGCAGGAAGACUGAUGAUCGAUCGUCACGUCGUCACGGAUCCGCAGCGGCUGAUAGAGAUGCUGAGGUGACAGGUAGAAGGAGAAAAGGAACAACCACACUCAGACAUUUUGCCCCUCCGUUUGUUUGUUUCUCAUCACCGACAGUGCCCGCGUGCGCCUCUUUCUAUGAACGGUUCGCUAGCUAUGGGAUUCCGCUCCAUGUCGUCCCCGACGCCACCAAACGUAAAGGAUAUUUUAUAACCACACCCGGCGCUUCUUUAGAUCAAGGAUUGGCAGCAAAGACCCGAGGGUUCUCCAUCAAGGCAAAAAUGCCCGGCCCUGUCUGAGGUUGCUGGUCGACGGGGAAGCAGUGAGGAUAGUGUCCCUGGUCCACAGACGGGAUGAGCGGGGGAGUGGAGCAAGCUGACAUUUUAAGCGUGCUCUCCCUGGUCAAGGAACGAUGGAAAGUGGUGAAGAAAAUUGGGGGUGGUGGAUUUGGGGAGAUCUACGAGGCGUUGGACCUGCUGACGCGGGUCAGUGUGGCACUAAAGGUGGAGUCAGCCCAGCAGCCCAAACAAGUGCUCAAGAUGGAGGUCGCUGUGCUCAAGAAGCUCCAGGGUAAGGACCACGUGUGUCGCUUUGUGGGAUGUGGCCGCAAUGACCGCUUCAACUAUGUGGUGAUGGAGCUUCAGGGUCGUAAUCUGGCUGACCUCAGAAGGAGUAUGACCCGGGGAACCUUCAGCAUCAGCACUACCCUGCGUCUGGGUCGUCAGAUCCUGGAAGCCAUAGAGAGCAUCCACUCUGUUGGCUUCCUGCAUCGUGACAUCAAACCAUCCAAUUUCGCCAUGGGUCGCUUCCCCAGUACCUGUCGUACCUGCUAUAUGCUGGACUUUGGUUUAGCUCGCCAGUUCACCAACUCUUGCCAGGAGGUCCGACCUCCCCGUCCAGUGGCAGGGUUCAGGGGAACAGUCCGUUAUGCAUCUGUCAAUGCGCACAAGAAUAAGGAGAUGGGUCGUCACGAUGACCUGUGGUCUCUCUUCUACAUGCUGGUGGAGUUUCUGGUUGGUCAGUUGCCAUGGAGGAAGAUCAAGGACAAAGAACAUGUGGGGAAGCUGAAGGAGACGUACGACCAUCGUCUGAUGCUCAAACAUCUCCCAGCAGAGUUUGGUGUAUUUUUGGAACACAUCUCCAGUCUCGACUACUUCACCAAGCCUGACUACCAGCUGCUAAUGUCGGUGUUUGACAACAGCAUGAAAACCUACAAUGUAGUGGAGAAUGACCCUUAUGACUGGGAGCGGACUGGCACAGAUGGCACUUUGACGAUCAGUGCCAGCGCCACAACACCCCAGCAUCACACCCGCCUCACCCCAGCACACAUGGGUAUGGCGAAUGCCUCCCUCAUCCCUGGUGAUCUGUUGAGGGAAAACACAGACGAGGUUUUGCAGGAUGAGCAGCUUAGUGAUGCGGAGAACAACCCCGCUCCCGAGCGCCUUCCGGGCUCUCCCCUCCACUUGCACCGCAACCAGGAGGCUGACGUCUGGGAGGAGGUGGACCGCAACCGUAACUGCAUCAGGACAGCAGUUUGGAAGGCGGCAACGGAGGAGGAACACAGCAACAACCAGGGCAACCAAGGACAUCACAGCCCCUAUGCUGGGCCGAGUCUGGGUUCCCCAGUCAAACUGCACUCUGAGCUGAUGGCCUCAGACCGUGACGGACCCCUGCUGAGGAAACUCCGCAACAUCCACAGCUUUGAACUGGAGAGGAGGCUUGGCCUAGAGUCCAAGCCCAGUCCAGAGCGCUUCCUGGAGGUCUGCUCAGCAAAGCAGCAGCCUGGCACCCAGAACCAGGAGAAGGAGGCUAAUGGAGCUGCAAUCAUCUCAGUAACUCAGGGUCAAGCUGUACCUGCUGGGGAGCGUCCCAAUAGGGUUUGGCACUACGAUGAGGAGAUCCGGUCUGGUGGUGGUUCACCUAAGCCUGCAUCCCCUGUAUCGCUGGAGCAGGGAGAGGGGGCAGCCAGCAGCGGGGGCUUUGUGGCCCUCAAUUUGAGCUCUGGGAGACAGGACAUUGACUCAAGGGAGUGGGUAAUGGUGGAGCGGCUCAGUGGCUCACCAGGGGGGGCCAAGGUUACUACCAGUCCUUCAGAGGGGGAUGAGGAGCCAGAGGUGCUCCAGCCAGGUGAACAUUCUCCUGGAUGGGAAAAGGACAGCCCAAGCCCGAGCUCUGGCAAAGCUAAACAAGAAAGUAUGGCUUCCUCAAAGGGAAGCGCAAAAGUUGACAAGCUGGAGCUUAGUGUGGGCCCUGCAGGGACUCUGCCUCCUGUCACUCCAACCAGCCCAGCUGAAGCUCUGGCUGAGGGAGUCCUCACUCAGCUCCCCACCUCUCCUCCAUCCCUGCCUGAGGAAGUUGCAGUGCGGACAUCCAGCCCCAUCCCUCUGCGCUCUCCCAGCCCUCACACCCUCCUGACCACCUUGUCGGACCCACUGCAUCAGCGCCAGCCACUGGGCAUGAGACGCAGCCAGUCUGCCGACCACCAGCAGCAGGAACACCCCUCCUCUUCCUCUUCCUGCCAUGCAUCCCUUCCACUGCCACCACACCCUGCCCUCGGUACCCACUCGCCCAGUCGCAGGAAACUGCCGGCCAUCCCGGCAGGUGCUGCCAACACCAAGUUUCCCUCUGUUAUACGCAUCACCCGUGCCCAGCUUCAGCAGCUGACAGCUCAGCGUCCCUCUGGGCUGUCCUCCCAAUCAGGAUCUGACAGUGCUCCACAGUGCCUCCUACUGGAGAGGCAUGGUGAAACUGAUGCUGAGACUCAGCAGGUCCAGGAGCACACAGUGGACAUCAGCUCGCCCCAAGACCACGUGCCCACACAUCUAAUGACACCCACAGAACCUCUGGCCGAGACACUGAUCAAUGGAGAAAGCCACAACAAAACUCAAAACCCUGUGCCAAGCCGUGUGUCUUCCCCGCACUCUCCACGUUCCACACGCUCGCCUCUACCCCGCUCACCUACCUCCCCAUACUCUCCUCGCUCUCCUCGUUCCCCUCGCAGCCCUGUUUUUGCCAAUGGCCACUUCUCCCCUCAAGUUAACAGCCAAAGGGAUUUAAGUAAUGGAGGUUUGCCCAAGCUGAAAGACCCUGAGAAUGAUUCUGGCCCCAUUCCCUGUGCCACAGAGCCUCGGCUAAGAGCAGAGGAGAGCAAAGAAGUGAACCCAGUACCAGAUCAGACUAGCAGCCCAGUCUCUUUCACCCUGGCUGCCCCAUGUAAGGACCCCAGCCGCAGGCAAAGUCGUAUCCCCGUGCUGGAGCCCUCCAGUCUGCUGGAGCUCCCACCACCAGGCUCUGCCAAGGAAAAGCUCCUGCAGAAGAAAGCCAGCCACCAGGGCUCGGUCCCCUCUCCCACUGCGUCACCAUCCCUCUCUGAUAGGCGUGGCCCCAUGGUGGCUUCCCUCGCUAGGGACCCGCUGUCCUCCACCUCUGACCGCUCCCAGGAUGAGGACUCUCUUAUGGGCUCCCGUUCUGACCGCCAGGGAGACGAUGCUCCAUCCCUUUCGUCCUCCUCCAGCCCUCUGUCCCGAAAGAGCAGGAUCCCUCGUCCUGUUCACUCAGCCUCUUCAGCUGAGCAGCUGGCUGCCCAAUACCUACCGCGCCCACCUCCUGGGAAGCCACCUUGCCGUCCAACAGUGGAAGGCAGGCUUAGGCGUUACCGCAUCAGAACUGGUAGCACCAGCGACUCAGACCUCCUGACAUGCCUCGCUCAGCUGAUGCAUGGUUCCCGUGGCUCCUCCCCUCACCACCGCACCUCUGCCCAGUACGGGGGCAUCUGCAGCCUGACAAGCUCUCCUCACCACCACCGCAGUUUUAGCGCUUCCCCCCGCAGCUCCUCCUCCCUGCAGCGCUCUGUCAGCUCCUCGCCCUCCCGCCAUGAGCACCGCGGAGGUGUGGGAGGGGGCUUCCUUGGCCGCAGCAGCUCGACCCCCCCCAUCUUUACUGCCCCCCCGCCCCCCCGCCGCUUCUAUCCCCACUACCAGGAGACUUGCUGCAGCCGUCAGGCACGCACAGGCCCCUUCCACCUAUCCAGGGGAAAAGGCUGCAGCCGAGAGGGAAAAUGCUUCAGCAAGCUGAGCAGAUAG